UUGUGUCGCUUCACGCACGCGGUGCUGUGAUUGGCUGAGGCGGGCGGACACGUGACACCGACGCGAUUGCAACAUGAAACGGAUCGAAUACUGAAACAACUUCGCGUAAACAUAAGAACAAAGUAUAAGCUUCUUUUAGGAUAAGGUAAGUUUUAAUAAGGCGGCUGUAUCUUAACGAUCGUCGGACUCUAACAGCGAGGAGUGACCCGUGAGCACGGGUUUAUGGGAUUUCCCGUUUCGUUGUCACUCUGAGAACCUUAAAGCAUGAGCGGGCAGCAGGUGGCGCUGUUACUGCAGGAGUGUCUGAGGCGCGCAGGCACCGGACCUGAGGGAGACACGCAGCCCCGCCGCGCGGCAGAGGGCGCUGGUCCAGCAGGUCCUUACAGGAUUUCAGUUUGGCCGUUCCCGGGGGAUCUGAGCACGCUCCUGCAGGAGGCCAAGGACAGGAAGUGGCCGUUCGUCGAGGAGAAAUGGCAGUACAAACAAUCCGUGACGCCCGAGGACAAAAUAAACUCGUCGGAUCUCGUCAGAAAACAUCUGCUGCAGUUACUGGCGUUCCUCCGAGACAGUAUCUCCUCCGAGGAGCCGGAGUGGGCCGUUGCCGUGGUUUUCCUGCUCGACCGCCUGCUGUACUGGAUGGACGGCUCUCAUCUGCUGUUGAAGAUUGCUAAAGCGUUGCACAAGCGUCACCGGGACGUUCCCAUCGCCCCUCAGGUCAUCAUCAGACAGGCUCGUGUCUAUCUGAACACCGGUAAGCUGCAGAAGGCCGAGCUGAUCCUCAGCAGUCUGAUCAGCAGCGCUUCAACAGGCUCGUGGACGUAUCAGAAGUUCAGUGAUCAGACGCUAGUGCAAGCCGUCGGUCUUCAGGUGCGAGGGCAAGUGCUGCAGACGCUCGGCCUGUGGCUGGAGGCUGCUGAACUCAUAUGGGCGUCUCUGAUCGGUUUUUACACUCUUCCACAACCUGAUAAAAAGGUCUGGACCCGGUACACUCUCGGUAUUGGGACGUCUCUCGGGCUCCUGGCAAACACCCUGACCUCCAUGAAUGACCGGGACUUCACUGCGCUUCAGGAGAAGCCUCAUAUUGACCUGGGUUUUCUCGGAGAGAGUGGUCAUCGUCUGCUGUCUGCGGCGCGGGCGGCCAAAAUGGCCGUUGUGUUCAGUCAGUACGGAUCGCUGUACGUUCUGACCAAUGUGGUCGCUCAGGGCAUCUGUCUACUAUCCUAUAGCUUCUCAAAAAAAUGCCCUGCAGAGGAUCAGCAGACGUACCUGGCUUUAGCUAAAGAGGCCUUUGAGAUCGGCUUGUUAACAAAGACGACAGGAGACGUCGUCACCAGCAAGCUGGAGCUGCACACGUUCCUCAAAGCCUCUUACUGCUUAGCUGUGGCUCACAGAUGGAUGCUCGGCCCGUCCGAGACCACCGCCUCAGCCAUGAGCGUCUGUCGGGAAGCCAUGACUUUAUUCAUAGAUUAUUGCGCUAGAGGAGAUUCUGCGUCGUGCACCAAGAUCAUGGCGAAGAUACAGCAGAUUAAGUUGCUGCUGAAGGUGAAAACCUUUCGGAAUUCUGAUCCCCAGUCGUUUAUUCCCGACAUCUACCGUUCCAUGGAGUUCGGGCCGGUCUUGUUCACGCUCGGUGACUUCGCGAAGGCACUGGAUGUUUUCGGAAAGCACCACCAGUCUGUUUGUGAGGCGUUCGAGAAUGGCGCUCGGCGGGGUUCGUGCUCGAAUCACGCGCGGUGUAUAACAGCGUUCCAGACGGACACAGAAGUUCUCGCAACGCAGAUGCAGAAAGACGAUCAUUCACGUCCGUUCGAUCCAUCUGGCAGCGGAUCGUCUUUAUAUCUGGCCGAUACUGAACAGAGCAGCCUCGGUUCUUAUGAGCUGGUUGAUGACUUCAGCAGCGGAAGCAUCAUCAAUCCGAGCAAUCAAAGUAGUGCUAGUCCCUCUGUCCCCAACACCUUUAGAAACAACAGUGGAAACCCUAGUCAAUCCCAACUGAUGCAAAAGCUCGCCACAUCUGAAGAUGUUGAGGACAUCCUAUCCAAAAAAUCAAACACCCAACACAAAGGCAAUCAGAAGAACGCAAAGAUGUCUUCGAGCUCCUUCAGCAGUGGAUCUUCAUGGGAACGUGUUUCAAGACAGUCUCAAAGUAGCAUAGAAACUGAGGGGGACAUUGAAGAUCCCUCUCACGAAGGCAGCCAUGCAAGGGUUAGUUGCACCAAAGGAGGAAGCACUUCUGCACAUUCCCUCUGUGAUAGCUCUGCAUCACGUUCUUCUUGGCAAAAACUCUCCAUAAGCCCCAUCGCUAAUGGAGAACAUCUUGAGCAUCAUUCUCAGAGCAGCAUAGAAACCGAGGAAGACAUUGUAGAUGCCUUUCAUGAAGGCAAUGAUGCAAGAGUUAGUCGCACCAAAGGAGGGAGCACUUCUUCGUUUUCCCUCUGUGAUAGCUCUGCAUCACGUUCUUCUUGGCAAAAAUUCACUAUUAGCCCCAUCGCUAAUAGAGAACAUCUUGAACAUCAUUCUCAGAGCAGCAUAGAAACCGAGGAGGACAUUGUAGAUGCUUCUAAUGAAGGCAAUGAUGCAAGGGUUAGUCGCACCAAAGGAGGGAGCACUUCUUCGUUUUCCCUUUGUGAUAGCUCUGCAUCACGUUCUUCUUGGCAAAAACUCUCCAUUAGCCCCAUCGCUAAUAGAGAACAUCUUGAACAUCAUUCUCAGAGCAGCAUAGAAACUGAGGAGGACAUUGUAGAUGCUUCUCAUGAAGGCAGCCAUGCAAGGGUUAGUCGCACCAAAGAAGGAAGCACUUCUGCACAUUCCCUCUGUGAUAGCUCUGCAUCACGUUCUUCUUGGCAAAAACUCUCCAUAAGCCCCAUUGCUGAUGAAGAACGUCUCGAACAUCAUUCUCAGAGCAGCAUAGAAACCGAGGAAGAAUUGAUUGACCUUUCACAUAGUAGCAGAGAAAUCAAUAAUGACGCAAAGGUUGGUUGCACAAAAGGUGGAAGUACUUCUUCAUUUUCACUUUGCGACAGCUCUGCAUCACGUUCUUCUUGGCAAAAACUCUCCAUUGCUAAUGUAGAACAACUUGAAUUAACGCACACGAAAGAAAGGACAGAUCAGCGCCUUGAGGUCCCAGACAAGAUUCCAGAAUGCCCAGGAACUCUGUCGUCCACCGAGAGUGACCCAUUCGAGGAACUGGGGUUCGAGCAUCUGUCUACAGCCUCGUCACCGUGCAAGGACUGCUUUAAGAACUGCAUCAUGGGAAGCGACGUCCUGACUGAGCGUGACUACCGAUCUCUCUUGGCUGGAGCUUGUCAGCGCUGCCUGCUUGAGAGGCUGCCGAACAAAGCGCUGAAGCCCCUGGAUCCCAUACAGCUGGAGAAGGCCUACGACGCCGUGGUGUUGAAGUACUCGAGGGCCGCUGAUGUCUGGAUAGGCUCUGAGAGCAGUGUUUAUGUCGGGAAACUGAUGGGUGUCCAGGGCAAACAGAGACGAGCCAUCGAGGUGCAGUACCUUCACCAGGAACAACUUCUCAGCAGCUAUGUAGGAAAGGAAUAUCUGAAGGCUAAAGGGCUCCACGCGCACCUCGAUGACGUGGAGAGACAGAUGACCGCGCAGUACUACGUUACGGAGUUUAAUAAACGCCUGUACGAUAAUAACGUCACGACCCAGAUCUUCUUCAUCCCGUCUGAAGUGCUGCUGAUUCUGGAGAAGGAUCGAAUCGUGACCUGUUUGUCUGCAGAGCCGUACAUGUCCGGGACGUUCGUAAAACUCACAAACAACACACGGGAUACUGACGAGAGGCAUGACGCCACUAAAUACGGCAUCGCCUUCGGUCACUUCACCUACGAGUUCUCCGCUCAUCAAGAGGUCGUGGUGGAUCUGCAGGGGUGGAUCACGGCGAACGGCAAGGGCUUGACGUAUCUGACCGACCCUCAGAUUCACUCGCUGCUGAAGCCCAGGUCCAGUAACUUCCAGCAGACCGGGAUCGACAACUUCAUCAGGCAUCAGCACGGAGACCAGUGCAACGAGAUCUGUCGCGCCGCCGGACUCGCGCACAUCGGACCUACUGGGCGUCAAAAACCGGCUUGAUCGAGCAUUACAGAAAAUAUGUUCCUGUAAAAGAGAUGUUGUAUUUACAGGCAACAUUAACUCAUUGUUCAUAUGAGAAAUGAGGAAGUGACUAUCGUCAUUAUCUGACCGCAUGUUUGCAGAUCCAGGUUGUGAAAUAUCUGGGGUCAUAUGACAGUGUCAUCAUUAGUGCAUCAUGUGACCGAAACCAGAUCUGCUCCAUUCCUGAGCUUCAACACAAACAUCACUAAGAGCGUGAUUUCUGACUGUAAACAGAAACAGAGUUUGUGAGAACUUAGGAACUGUGAUUCGCAAAACCUCACGCCGAUUUAUUUUAUAGUGAAAAAAAUUUAAUCCAUGUGUUGCCGCUGGCAACCAUUGCAUUGCCAUCAGGUGAAACACAAAUAAUUUAUCUCAGGGCUACUUUAAAUAAAUAUAAUAUAUAAAAGAGGUUUGGCUGACAAAAAAAAAAUUGCAUUGCAUGUGAAAUAAUAAUAAUAAUAAUGUGAAUUUGUGCGUUUUGAUGCAUUUGAAAGACAUGAUGCUUUCCAAAGGCAAAGCAAUACAUGAUGAAAUAAUAAAUAAAAAUGAAUGUGUGAGAUGAA